GGUGGCUCUGUGGCCGCAGGCGCAGGCCCGGGCGACAGCCGAGACGUGGGGCGCGCCGGCUCGCUGCAGCUCCGGGACGCAACAUGCGCUGCUCGCCGGGAGGCGUCUGGCUGGCGCUGGCCGCGUCGCUACUGCACGGUAAAGCCGCUGCCUCCCCGCCCUCCACUCCUCCGUGGGAUCCCGGGCACAUCCAGGGCUCCUCUGUGCGCACCGCGCCUGGGCCAGUGUCCCUGCAAGGCGAGUUCCAGAGGAAGCUUUACAAGGAGCUGGUCAAGAACUACAACCCCUUGGAGAGGCCCGUGGCCAAUGACUCGCAGCCGCUCACCGUCUACUUCUCCCUGAGCCUCCUGCAGAUCAUGGACGUGGAUGAGAAGAACCAAGUUUUAACCACGAACAUUUGGCUGCAAAUGUCUUGGACAGAUCACUAUUUACAGUGGAAUGUAUCAGAAUAUCCAGGGGUGAAGACUGUUCGUUUCCCAGAUGGCCAGAUUUGGAAACCAGACAUUCUUCUCUAUAACAGUGCUGAUGAGCGCUUUGACGCCACAUUCCACACUAACGUGUUGGUGAAUUCUUCCGGGCAUUGCCAGUACCUGCCUCCAGGCAUAUUCAAGAGUUCCUGCUACAUCGAUGUACGCUGGUUUCCCUUUGAUGUGCAGCAUUGCAAACUGAAGUUUGGGUCCUGGUCUUAUGGAGGCUGGUCCUUGGAUCUGCAGAUGCAGGAGGCAGAUAUCAGUGGCUAUAUCCCCAAUGGAGAAUGGGACCUAGUGGGAAUCCCUGGCAAGAGGAGUGAAAAGUUCUAUGAGUGCUGCAAAGAGCCCUACCCCGAUGUCACCUUCACAGUGACCAUGCGCCGCAGGACGCUCUACUAUGGCCUCAACCUGCUGAUCCCCUGUGUGCUCAUCUCCGCCCUCGCCCUGCUGGUGUUCCUGCUUCCUGCAGAUUCCGGGGAGAAGAUUUCCCUGGGGAUAACAGUCUUACUCUCUCUUACUGUCUUCAUGCUGCUCGUGGCUGAGAUCAUGCCCGCCACAUCCGAUUCAGUACCGUUGAUAGCCCAGUACUUCGCCAGCACCAUGAUCAUCGUGGGCCUCUCGGUGGUGGUGACGGUGAUCGUGCUGCAGUACCACCACCACGACCCCGACGGGGGCAAGAUGCCCAAGUGGACCAGAGUCAUCCUUCUGAACUGGUGCGCGUGGUUCCUGCGCAUGAAGAGGCCCGGGGAGGACAAGGUGCGCCCGGCCUGCCAGCACAAGCAGCGGCGCUGCAGCCUGGCCAGCGUGGAGAUGAGCGCCGUGGCGCCGCCGCCUGCCAGCAACGGGAACCUGCUGUACAUCGGCUUCCGCGGCCUGGACAGCGUGCACUGCGCCCCGACCCCCGACUCCGGGGUGGUGUGUGGCCGCAUGGCCUGCUCCCCCACGCACGAUGAGCACCUCCUGCACGGUGGGCAGCCCCCCGAGGGGGACCCGGACCUGGCCAAGAUCCUGGAGGAGGUCCGCUACAUCGCCAACCGCUUCCGCUGCCAGGACGAAAGCGAGGCGGUCUGCAGCGAGUGGAAGUUCGCCGCCUGCGUGGUGGACCGCCUGUGCCUCAUGGCCUUCUCCGUCUUCACCAUCAUCUGCACCAUCGGCAUCCUGAUGUCGGCUCCCAACUUCGUGGAGGCCGUGUCCAAAGACUUUGCGUAACCACACCUGGUUCUGUACAUGUGGAAAACUCACAGAUGGGCAAGGCCUUUGGCUUGGCGAGAUUUGGGGUUGCUAAUCCAGGACAGCAUUAAACGCCACAACUCCAGUGUUCCCUUCUGGCUGUCAGUCGUGUUGCUUACGGUUUCUUUGUUACUUUAGGUAGUAGGAUCUCAGCACUUUGUUUCAUACUCUCAGAUGGGCUGAUUGAUAGAUAUCCUUGGCACAUCCGUACUGUCGGUCAGCAGGGCCACUGAGAAAUCAUUUUGCCCAUUAGCCCACUGCCUGGAAAGCCCUUCGGAGAGCUCCCAGUGGCUCCUCACCGCCGGGACAGUUGGUUUUGCAUGUCUGCAUGAAGGUCUACCUGAAAAUUCAACAUUUGCUUUUUGCUUGUGUACAAACCCAGAUUGAAGCUAAAAUAAACCAGACUCACUAAAUCCAUUCCGAUAAUUGACUGGUGGAAGGAAAACAAAAAACUAAAACUAAAAACCUAUCUGUUAGCUUUUCUGCAAUUCAGCUUUUUAUUUUUUUCUAUCAAAGACGGUAGAGAGAAGCAGCUUGAUGCUGUUUCUACAUUAAAAAAAAAAACAAAAAACAAAAGACGGACUGUUGGUCUUACUAAGGAUGUUUUUACCAGUCUGCCUGACUUCUGCAAACCUACCCUGUCAAGGAGAUCAAAGGGACACAGGUUUCUGUUUAUUCUGAACAAGGGCCGGGCCCCACGGAGUGUCUUUGGUGGAUCCCAGAUAACUCCUAGGUGCUGCUCUCAGACAUUGAGGAGUUGAGCAAAUCUGUUCUAUUCUGCAGAACCCACAGGACAAAUAAGAGUUCUACUAGAAUUAACAGCCCAAAAGAGUAGCUAAAGCUAAGUGAAGCCACUUAUGCGGGCUUUAAAAAAAUAAUGUGUUAGCUGAUUCACAUGCACUGGAGUUAACUAGUCUUAGAAAUGUGUGCAUCCAUACAAAUGCACAACAUAAAGUGAACAUAUUGCUAGGCCCUUUCUGCAUGUGUCAGGGCCAGGAAGUAGGGGCUGGGAACUUUUCUGGUCCCCAGUAUGGCAGGCGCCAGGGAGGGGAUGGUGUGGCCCAUCCCUUCUCUGGAUACCUGGCCAGUGGCAGGCAGCAGGGAGGAGCUGGCCAACCCUCAGUGACUGACAAGCCAGCAAUUCUGGGUUCUGGCCUUUGGGAGUCUGCCGGCUCCAAGCCCGUCCAUCCCAGCUGCAGCCCCGAAAGCUGGCUCAAAGUCCUUGGGUGGAUUCACUGGAGAUGGGCAACUUAAAACAAGAGAAACUUUAAUUUUUAAACCUAAGUGAUGAUACAGCUCUUCCCUUAGAUUAUCGCCCAGGCUGGAGUGCAGUGGCAUGAUCUCAGCUCACUGCAAGCUCCACCUCCUGGGUUCACGCCAUUCUUCUGCCUCAGCCUCCCCCCAAGUAGCUGGGAAUACAGGCGCCCGCCACCAUGCCCGGCUAAUUUUUUGUAUUUUUAGUAGAGAUAGGGUUUCAUCAUGUUAGCCAGGAUGGUCUCAUUCUUAUUCUUUAAUGAGAUCAGAGGGUAAUUCACUAAGAAGGACCUCUCCUGUUCCAUUGUGUCAUCCAACAACUGCUCAGAGCUCAAAAUUGUAGAAGUCUUCUGAGCCCCUAGAGAUUUUUAAUUUGCUUUUAAUCCCUGAGAUGGGAACGUCAUGAGGGAAGAUUUGAUUUUCAGAGUUAAAUAAAUUGUAUGUGCUUUUCCAGCCA